AUGGGUUCCGAAUUGGGGGAUGUACAAACACCUAUCAUAGCGGAUCGACCAAUCUCUUAUGACCAGCAACGAGCCAUGGGUACCUCAGUAGCUCGAGCCAGCUUUCAACAAAGUUGCGGAAAAGAGAUACUACUUGCUUCGGGGAUUUGUUUUGGUACAGUAGUAGCAUUGAGAGACCCGUUGAUCAAUAUCGACGCCGAGCGGAUGGGAGACGAAGCCCAAACUGCGAACCUCGAAUACCUAAGCUUAUACCACCAACUUCCCCCAGUUUUCAAGGAACUGUCAGUAUUAGCACUGCCGAAUCGGCUUUCGUGUGAACCGUUUCGCCGGACAUGCUCUCUUGGUCUUCUUAGUCACAAAGUCGAUGAUUCAUUUCCAGAACUUUUCAAUGGACUGCCACUGGAAUCUUCAGACAAUGAACAAGCCCCAAGUCAAACUGAUGAGAUCUCCAUGAAGGGGUUCGGUUACAGAUAUAGAACUAUGGCAUCAGCAUUGGUGGAUCGCUCAAUGUUCGUGGUCAAGCCAGCCAACUUGGGCAAAGUACAGCUCAACUAUGAGAUCGGAAUAGGCGAGGCCAAAGUGAUCCAAGAAUCUGAUCUUGUGUGCCUCCUUGGAGGCUGUGGCACGCCACUAAUUCUGCUGCCAAUAGGUUCGCAACGCGUGGUGGUGUGUGCUGCAUAUGUUGAUUCCCUGAUGACUGGACUUGGAUUGUCCUGCAUGAGAGAGGGGCUGUUUGAGGCUCAGGAGUUCCAACUCGUCUAG